AUGGUGUCCCAGAUCCGUCACCCUAGUCGAAGUUCUCGGCCGCGCCCUAUUAAUCGAUUGUAUAUGGAUAAUUAUAUAGAUGCUGAGCAUCAUCAACGAGAGACAGAAGAGAGCGGGAUAGAGGCGAGACAAGUGGGAGAUAUACCCGCCUCGACGUCAAGUUUCAACUGGUGGCCCUAUCCUGCUUACGGCGCCAGCACCACGACAUCUGUAUCCAUCCCAUCGGCCCCUACGCCUACGAUAUUGUAUUAUACGCCACCCGUGACCACCACACCAGACCCGUCCCUUGCCAUACUUUCACUUCCUCCAUCCGUCACGCCGUCUCCACCGACGGUCCCUCUUCCCUCGACCACUGCUGCUCCCACAACAAUGACUACCAGCAACACCCUAACGACAUCAACCUCUGCGCCAAUAACAACAUCGGAAUCGGCGGCACCAUCGGCCUCCCUCAUCCAAAUAACGGCCCUCCCGCCGUCAAGCACCAAUAUUCCCUCCCUUCACGAUUCAAAUUCUACCUCGUCGAACACAUCGAAAUUGUCCGUCGAACUCCGCGUGCUUAUACCCGUCGUUGCUGUUGCCGCAAUCAUAUUGGGUGUGGUCGUAGCAUGGCUCGCACAUAGACACUGGAGACGAAGCCGCGGUAUCGAUGGGCGAACAAGUGGCUCUGGCAUUGAGAAAGGUGGUGAUGGAUCGAGGUUGCUGAGCGGUGGGAAGUACGAGGUCUCGGAGACUGAGGAUCCGGAUGCGUCCCUAUUCCAUAGCCAUAGAGACGACAAAAAGGCACCACUCUACUUAACCGACGUUGGCACCCCAAGCAAAUCCACUCGUCACGGCUCCGUCUAUCGGAAUCCCACUGCUGCCUCUAGGAAGAGCGGUAACAGCAUACGCUCCCUCGGGUCCGCACUCCUCAGUGGCACCCGUUCCGCAAGACCUCCGUUCUCCACCCCUCGCUACGAACACAGACACGAGCUCGCCGAGACGCCAGCGCUCUCUCCCACCCGCGGUUUGUCAUCCUACUCUGCCUCUGCGGCUAGUCAGUACGGCCCUACACCGAAACCGAAACCGAAACCUGCACGUCCGUUCUCUCCGGACACGUUGAAUCUCCUGAGUGAGGACGACGAUGAAGAGGUAGACGUCGUACAGUCAAAAAGUCGACAUCUUCUCGAUCGUAUACGUGCAAAGUCCGGACGCAGGGCCGCAAAGUUGCCGAGGGAUGGGAGGUGUGCGUCGUUGAGAUCUGGACCGGCUUAUUCUGCGCUUUCGACUCCUGCUGCCACAGAAUUGGAUAUCGACGGUGAUGGGCGAGGACGUCGGAUUGAGUCGGCGGCUACGACUCCGUUCCUCCUCGACGAUGACGCAGACGCAGGAGCUGACCUCACUGAUUGGAUGCCUGGCGUCGGUUUCAGGAUUGUCGAAGAGGAUCUUGAGGCCGAGGAGCCCGUUCCCCAGGCUGUGGAGAAAAAGUCUCAGGAAGGCUGGAUGGCUUGGACCAAGUCUUGGGUGGAGGGCGUUGGUGGAAGUGGGGAAGGAGGGAAAGAGGACAGGUAUACGCCGAUGCCGGAGAGGAAGUCUCUGGGAAGGAGGAGUAAGAGUCAGAGAAGUCAGACGUCGGUCAGGCCAGUGAGGGCGGAGAUUGAGACCAGUAACGACGGUGCCACCGCCUCUCACGUCACCAAGCAAAAGUCCUCUACUCCUACGGCUCCCCUGCAUGUGAAUGUCGACAAGAAGACUAGGGCAGGAAAACCUGCUCACCAGACCCGUGCUGGCAAGUCAGGACCGCGCCGUGUCGACUCUUCAAUGUUACCCUCCAGCCCUCCUCUUAUCCGCUCACCACAACUCGACUCUGCGUUACUCUUCAGCCCGAAGUCCUUGUCGAUGGCUCUCGGUUCCGCUGCCGUCGCUCGCAAUCAUCCUCGCACUACCGGCGCUGCUGUCGAUCGUCGCAAAUCCACGAAAUCGACACGUACGACCACCUCUAGCGAGCAUGGCACCAGUACUCCUUCGUCCCUUCCGUAUCCGAGCAAGUUUACCAAGGAAUCUUCCAUCCCGAAUCAAAACGAGUACAAGGUCUCGCUCAAGGGGCCAUCCGACGACACCCCUAACCUCGCUCGCACGCCCACAACCAAGUCGAAAACCACACGUUCGCGUUCCGCCUCAACGUCAAGUCGUAUCCCAGCUCCCAGACCCGACAUGUCGCGCACCACGACCCAGUCAAGCGCCUACUCUGAUUCGAACGAGACUUCGGUCUCUGCACUCGUUGCCACACAUAGACGAUAUGCAGAAUCUAACUACACCCCUGGCUUGGGGUCGGAAUAUGGCAGAACGCCUGCGUUGGGAGUCGCGUCGCCAGCGCAGAGGUAUGCGAAGAGGAAGGGUGCGUUGAAUAGAGUCGAGGAGACUUUUGGGAGAGAUUGGGAGGGGAGAUGA